AUGACGUCCUCGGGCAUUGUCUACGCCCACCAGCCUUCGUCUACCUCCCAUUCCUCCUCCGCUGACAGCAGCCCUGUCGACGACAUUGGUCUCAAGGUCCAUGAGCAGCAGCAGCCCCUGGCUCCCAAGGCGGAAGCCAAGCCCCAGGCGACUUUCCUGACAAAACUCUACGCACUCCUCGAACGCCCCGAGAACCACCACAUGAUCAGGUGGGAUCCCGCCGGCGAGCACAUCAUCGUCGAGCGGCCAGAGCAGCUCGCGCUUCAUGUCCUCCCCACUGUCUACCGCCAGUCGAGAUUCGCAAGCUUCUCUCGGCAACUAAACAUCUACGGUUUCAUGCGCAAGGUCAACCUGCGCAAUGUCGACCCCGCGAUUGACGACCCCGAUGCCAGCACCUGGUCCCAUCCAACCCUCAACAGGAACUCUUCCCCCGACAUCGUGGCAAACUUCAAACGUCGUGUCCCUCCCCGCUUGCCCAAGCCCCGCAAGCGCGAUACCCAAGAGGCACCAACGAUACCCCCUCCCCGCUCUGCUAUCGGCAUGGGUCCCGUUCCCCUCACCGUCCCCAACACUGUCGGCCACAAGUCCACUCCCUCAAUGGGGAGAGCUCGCGGCUUCUCGGCUCCAGGCUCCUUCACUCUCAGCCAGGGAAGUGCUGCCGGCUGGGGAUCCUCGUACCCUCGUUCCACUCUGCCCCCCCUCACUGUUCCAUCGGACCCACCAGCGUCCCACCACCACGGGAUGUACAACCAGAACCACUCCCACAAUCUUCACCCUAUCUCUCCCGCCGUCGAAUCUCCCUCGACCCAGUUCAGCGCGAUGGGCCCUGGCAGCGGCUAUGGUCACUCUACUCAUAGCCACAAUGAUACCAUCGUCCAGUCUUCACAAUACCCUUACAACGAGCAGAAUUGGUCCUUCCCUCCCAACGGCUCCUCGAGUCAUUCUGGCAGCCUGUCAUCACUGUUGAAUCCUCCGAACUCGUCGGGCUAUAGCCGCCCCACCCCCACCAUCAAUACUUCGUAUGCUUCCAACUAUUCUGGCAUGCCUAUCCACAACGACCACUCUCCCCCUUCGUUGUCUCCGGACAGCCGCCCGACAACGGGAUAUUCGAUGUCGUCUGUCUCGUCGCUGCCCUAUGAAGAGGCACAUCACCAUGGGUAUCACUCGAUGGCCCAUGACGACUAUUCGCGCCCGGGUUCCAGUCAUCAUCGCCCUAACUCCCCCGGUCUUUCCCGUCCUCCGUCGUCGUCGAACAAGUAUGCCCCGCUCAGCAUCCGCCGUCCUCGGCGUCACAGCCAGGCGAUGAGUCCCUACCCUUCGCCUUACGAUCAUUCGGACCGCCCAUCGACGUCCCCCCAUCCUAUCGACGACGGUAGCAUGCCUCGCGUUCGUAGCAUGAUUCAGCUGCCUUCUGCCGACUACAAUUUCGGGGGCGGCGUCUCUCAACCAGAGUUCGCGUACUCGGCGGGGGUUGGUAGUGCGGCAUCCAUUGAUUCAUUGGAUGCACGUGGUGGAUGGGGACAGCACCAUUCUGUCCGCCCUUCAACAAGUACCUCGUCGAUCUCGGCUGCGUCCCAUACCUCCUCAUCGCAGGCGAACACGCCUCCCCUUGGUGACGGGUAUGGCCAUGGUGGGACAGGGAUCAAUAGAUUCUCUCCCGACUUCGGCUUUGUGCCCAUGAACGAGCAUAUGCCUCCCCAGUAUACCAAAGCGGCCGGCGGGCUGUAG